UCCGGCCCGCUCGCCCUCCUCUCCUCCUCCCCCUUCCUGGGGUUCCCCGGCCGGCCUUGCCUCCGGGACUGCUCCCCCGCCGCGGGGUUCCCCCUCCGCAGGGGCGGAGCGCGGCCCGGGCCAAGCCGUAGAAAGCGGUGGGGAAGGACAGCAGGCGGGUCCUGCGAGCCCUUAAAGGAGGGCGGCCAUCCUCCUCCCCCGGCGGGAAGGCGGAAGAGCGAGGCAGCAGCGACAACAACAGCAGCUGCAGCAGCAACCACCCCAGCCCUGCCUGGCUUCUCUCCGGGGUUAUAUGCACCUGGCCGGAUUACUGCUCGCCUUGCAGAAGGGAGAGAAGGGGCAGCAGCGGGACCGCGGCUCACCCUCCCCGGCCAUGUGCUCGGUAAGCGAGGGCAGCAGCACGGACCCCUUGGUGGCCCGCUUCAAGCAGGUGGAGGAGACGCUGGAGAAGCUGCACCGGGAGAACAAGAGCUUGAAGAAUAAAGUGCCUCGGUACAACGCGCUCUGCACCUUGUACCACGAAUCCGCUCAGCAGCUGAAGCACCUCCAGCUGCAGCUGGCUGCCAAGGAGGCCACGAUCCGGGACCUGCGGAGCAGCCUGGCCCGGCGGCCGCAGCAGCCGCAGCCAGCGGCGGGCGGCGAGGCGGGGCCUGCGGGCGCGGAGCCGGCGCUGUCGCUGGUGGAGAGCCUGCUGGAGCAGCUGGGCCAGGCCCGGGAGCAGCUCCGGGACAGCGAGCGGCUCUCGGCGCAGAGAGUGGAAGCCUUGAGCCAGGAAGUGCAGAAUUUGAACCAGCAGUUAGAAGAGAAAAAUGGGGAGAUACAGCAGAUGAUAAACCAGCCUCCAUAUGAAAAGGAGAGAGAAAUCUUGCGACUUCAGAAGAGCUUGGCAGAGAGAGAGAAGGCUCAGGCCACCAGUGAUGUUUUGUGCCGUUCACUCACUGAUGAAACGCACCACCUUCAACGUAAAUUAGCUUCCACAGCAGAAAUGUGUCAACAUCUGGCAAAAUGUCUAGAAGAGAAGCAAAGAAAAGAGAAGGGGCGUUCAGAUGACCAGAUGCCCACUGAAAGACCUAAUCAGCUUUUAGACAAUGAAACUUCACUUCAAGCUCUUAUCUGCAGCCUACAAGAUGAAAACAGGAUGUUAAAACAAAAAGUAGCUCACGUGGAAGACUUAAAUGCCAAAUGGCAGAAAUACGAUGCGAGUAGGGAUGAGUAUGUGAAGCGACUCCACUUGCAGCUAAAGGAGAUGAAGGCACAACUGGAGCAGCAGCACGGCCUAGCUUCAGCACCAACGAAUUCUGACCUGAUGCGCAAGGAGAUAUUCCGGUUAAACAAGCUACUGGAAGAAAAAAUGAACGAAUGCAUAAAAACAAAGAGAGAAUUAGAAGAUGUGAAGAAGGCUAGUGAAGGAGAUAAUGAGCGCAUGCAAAUGCUGGAGCAACAGGUCCUAGUUUAUAAAGAUGAUUUCACAUCUGAGAGAUCAGACAGAGAACGAGCACAGACCAAGAUACAAGAGCUUCAGGCAGAAAUUGCAUGCCUGCAACACCAGCUAGCAAGAAGACAGGACUCAAGAGACACAAACAGUCGUUUCAGAGUUCACAUAGGUAACCAAAAUCAUAUGCACGUGCAGACAAACGUUGAACAUCUACGAGGCAAUAGCCCAGGCCAGACAGGCACGAGAAGGACAUCUUCACAGUCUGAACAAGCUUCUCCUCCUGUGGACAGUGGAGACUCAGAACUCGAGGGCAGGGCACAGGGUGAACUUAGAUGCCCUCAUUGUAUGAGGUUUUUUAGUGAUGAACUCAGCGAUGAAUUCCUGAAGCAUGUUGCUGAAUGUUGCCAGUGACCAUGCGGUGUGAGGCGUGUUAAGUCGAUCACUACUCUAUAGACAGCAAAACCUUGCUCUGGACAUAUCUCCUUCAGUCCUAAGCCAGAGUGAUUCAGCUCUUAGGAAUGAGGAGGAUGAGCAGUUAUCUACCUCUGACUUGAUUUCACCUUCUCUUGGACUGUAUGAGUCUUCAAGAUAAAGCAAAGUGUUUUUAUGAAGAAUUAUGUUUGACAACUACAAGGAAUGCAAGCUUAAUGCAAAUCCUGCUACAGUCUAAACUGAAACAUACAGUGGUAGUUAGCUUCAGAGUGCAGCUUGAGUUGUGUUUGAGUCUUAACUCUUUACAGCAGUUUGAAGGCUUGGGAAAAACAAAUGACUGAACUUUUCCUCCUCUUCCAGAAAUGUAAGCUGAAGAACAGGGGAGGAGUUCUUUGGCAGAAGACAGUAAAAAUCUUGUUGUGCUGUAUCUGGAUUAAAAGUGAAAGUAUUUUCUUGUCUAUUGAGGCUGAACUUUCAGACAUCACAUCGGAAAAUCCUUGUGUUCAACUGAAAGCAGGAGAAGUGAAGAAACCAUAAAAGGGCUGGUUACUGACUAAGACCAGCCUGUCUUUUUUGCACAGAAAGAGUGUGGAGGGAUAUUUAUUUUUUCUGUGCCUUAACUACCUGUUUACACAUUUGUAAAUGUGUAUUUGUGUAACUAUUGACUGUAUUCCUAUUUUACCCAAGGAUUAUUUUUAUAAUAAAAGUGAUUGUGCAGUUGCUUUAUUACAUUAGUAAAGUGGUCAAAAAUCUCUUUCAGUGUAAGUAUUUAAAGGUGAAACAGUCCCUGGAACUGCACUAAGGGCUAACUAAAUGUCAUGGUUUCAGAUACGAGUUAUUUCAUUACCUCAGUGUCAGACUAUUUUCAAAUAUGUUGACAAACCACUCCUCAUUUAUGUGAGAAGAAUGACCUUUAAGAUGCACAAGAACAUGUUUAACGCCCUACCCUGUCACACAUCUGUGACUGUGCCAGUGCUAGUUUAUAUUUCUUCUUACACUCUCUGUAAUGGAGAUAACUUCA